AUGUCGAUGGGCAGGACAAUAGACAUCGCUAUGCCGAUGGGCAGGGACAUUGGGCUUGGGAAUGCCGAUGGCAGGCGAGCGGGCCAAGUCACAGAGAGAGCAGUGGUGACGGUGUGGUUUCAGAACAGGAGGGCUAAGUUCCGUCGUAACGAGCGUGCUAUGCUAGCCAGUAAAAAUUCCUCCAUGAUGAAGUCCUACUCUCGUGACCUCACGGCAGUGGAGCAGUCAAUCGCACCUCGACCCAACGACUACCUGUCCUGGGGCUCCUCUUCUCCCUACAGUGCCAUGGCAGCGUACCCCCCCACCUGUUCCCCCACCACCUCAGCCCAGGGGAUGAACAUGGCUAACAGCAUCGCUAACCUCCGGCUCAAAGCCAAGGAGUACAGCCUCAACCAGUUGCCUACUGUCAACUGAUGAAGAGGAGGAAGAUUAAUGCUUCUCCUAAAGUCUAGAGAGUUCUACAGAGAAAUCACGUUUACCAAAGGACGACACAACAAGCAGUUCAAACUGCAGUCUUUGUUUUUAACGUCAUUAUUUCAAUGAAUGUAUUUAGUGUGUUUUCAUGUGCGUGAUCGUCUACAGAAAACUGGUCCUACACGCGAGAGACAUUUGAGAGCAUAUCCUGUCCAGCUAAGUAGCAUAUCCUGUCCAGCUAAGUAGCAUAUCCUGUCCAGCUAAGUAGCAUAUCCUGUCCAGCUAAGUAGCCACGAUGGCCAAUGAACCAGAGGGUAACUGACUGUAUUUAUCAUUGUUAUACAGUUUUACUAUCAACUUCCUCUCCUCACUUGCACCAACAGGAAAUGUGCCACCUUUGCCUUAGAAUUUCAGAAUGUCAAACAUUUGGGGACUUUUGGGAGACUUGUAUUGAUAUCUAUAUUUUUGGGCUGGUUUGAAAACUUUUGGAAAGUUUUUUUGUAUAAUUAUUUUGAGAACUCUGGACUUAUGAUGAAUUCUAACUCGAAACAAAGACACAAACAGUCAGGCAAACUUUUCUAACCCGAACUCUUUCCCCAGCACUGGCCUGAGGAGCCAAGCCUUCUCUCCUGGGGUUAUAUUAGGAGCCUUCUCUCCUGGGGUUAUAUUAGGAGCCUUCUCUCCUGGGGUUAUAUGAGGAGCCUUCUCUCCUGGGGUUAUAUGAGGAGCCUUCUCUCCUGGGGUUAUAUGAGGAGCCUUCUCUCCUGGGGUUAUAUGAGGAGCCUUCUCUCCUGGGGUUAUAUUAGGAGCCUUCUCUCCUGGGGUUAUAUGAGGAGCCAAGCCUUCUCUCCUGGGGUUAUAUUAGGAGCCUUCUCUCCUGGGGUUAUAUUAGGAGCCAAGCCUUCUCUCCUGGGGUUAUAUGAGGAGCCUUCUCUCCUGGGGUUAUAUUAGGAGCCUUCUCUCCUGGGGUUAUAUUAGGAGCCUUCUCUCCUGGGGUUAUAUUAGGAGCCUUCUCUCCUGGGGUUAUAUUAGGAGCCUUCUCUCCUGGAGUUAUAUUAGGAGCCGAGCCUUCUCUCCUGGGGUUAUUUGAGGAGCCAAGCCUUCUCUCCUGGGGUUAUUUGAGGAGCCAAGCCUUCUCUCCUGGGGUUAUAUUAGGAGCCUUCUCUCCUGGGGUUAUAUGAGGAGCCAAGCCUUCUCUCCUGGGGUUAUAUGAGGAGCCUUCUCUCCUGGGGUUAUAUGAGGAUCCUUCUCUCCUGGGGUUAUAUGAGGAGCCAAGCCUUCUCUCCUGGGGUUAUAUUAGGAGCCUUCUCUCCUGGGGUUAUAUUAGGAGCCUUCUCUCCUGGGGUUAUAUUAGGAGCCUUCUCUCCUGGGGUUAUAUUAGGAGCCUUCUCUCCUGGGGUUAUAUUAGGAGCCUUCUCUCCUGGGGUUAUAUCAGGAGCCUUCUCUCCUGGGGUUAUAUUAGGAGCCUUCUCUCCUGGGGUUAUAUGAGGAGCCAAGCCUUCUCUCCUGGGGUUAUAUGAGGAGCCUUCUCUCCUGGGGUUAUAUGAGGAGCCAAGCCUUCUCUCCUGGGAUUAUAUUAGGAGCCUUCUCUCCUGGGGUUAUAUUAGGAGCCUUCUCUCCUGGGGUUAUAUGAGGAGCCAAGCCUUCUCUCCUGGGGUUAUAUGAGGAGCCUUCUCUCCUGGGGUUAUAUUAGGAGCCUUCUCUCCUGGGGUUAUAUUAGGAGCCUUCUCUCCUGGGGUUAUAUUAGGAGCCAAGCCUUCUCUCCUGGGGUUAUAUUAGGAGCCAAGCCUUCUCUCCUGGGGUUAUAUUAGGAGCCUUCUCUCCUGGGGUUAUAUGAGGAGCCAAGCCUUCUCUCCUGGGGUUAUAUGAGGAGCCAAGCCUUCUCUCCUGGGGUUAUAUUAGGAGCCUUCUCUCCUGGGGUUAUAUUAGGAGCCUUCUCUCCUGGGGUUAUAUUAGGAGCCAAGCCUUCUCUCCUGGGGUUAUAUUAGGAGCCAAGCCUUCUCUCCUGGGGUUAUAUUAGGAGCCAAGCCUUCUCUCCUGGGGUUAUAUUAGGAGCCUUCUCUCCUGGGGUUAUAUUAGGAGCCAAGCCUUCUCUCCUGGGGUUAUAUUAGGAGACAAGCCUUCUCUCCUGGGGUUAUAUUAGGAGCCUUCUCUCCUGGGGUUAUAUGAGGAUCCAAGCCUUCUCUCCUGGGGUUAUAUUAGGAGCCUUCUCUCCUGGGGUUAUAUUAGGAGCCAAGACUUCUCUCCUGGGGUUAUAUGAGGAGCCUUCUCUCAUGGGGUUAUAUUAGGUGCCUUCUCUCCUGGGGUUAUAUUAGGUGCCUUCUCUCCUGGGGUUAUAUGAGGAGCCUUCUCUCCUGGGGUUAUAUUAGGAGCCUUCUCUCCUGGGGUUAUAUGAGGAGCCUUCCCUCCUGGGGUUAUAUUAGGAGCCUUCUCUCCUGGGGUUAUAUGAGGAGCCUUCUCUACUGGGGUUAUAUUAGGAGCCUUCUCUCCUGGGGUUAUAUUAGGAGCCUUCUCUCCUGGGGUUAUAUUAGGAGCCUUCUCUCCUGGGGUUAUAUUAGGAGCCUUCUCUCCUGGGGUUAUAUUAGGAGCCAAGCCUUCUCUCCUGGGGUUAUAUUAGGAGCCAAGCCUUCUCUCCUGGGGUUAUAUUAGGAGCCUUCUCUCCUGGGGUUAUAUGAGGAGCCUUCUCUCCUGGGGUUAUAUUAGGAGCCUUCUCUCCUGGGGUUAUAUUAGGAGCCUUCUCUCCUGGGGUUAUAUUAGGAGCCUUCUCUCCUGGGGUUAUAUUAGGAGCCUUCUCUCCUGGGGUUAUAUUAGGAGCCAAGCCUUCUCUCCUGGGGUUAUAUUAGGAGCCAAGCCUUCUCUCCUGGGGUUAUAUUAGGAGCCUUCUCUCCUGGGGUUAUAUUAGGAGCCAAGCCUUCUCUCCUGGGGUUAUAUUAGGAGCCAAGCCUUCUCUCCUGGGGUUAUAUGAGGAGCCUUCUCUCCUGGGGUUAUAUUAGGAGUCUUCUCUCCUGGGGUUAUAUGAGGAGCCUUCUCUCCUGGGGUUAUAUGAGGAGCCUUCUCUCCUGGGGUUAUAUUAGGAGCCUUCUCUCCUGGGGUUA